UUUUUGUUGUGAUUGCACUGCCUCACUAAGAUUUCCCAUUUUUUGGGACCUUGUUUAUUUACAAAGCAAAGGACAGUGAUGACGUCAUUCGGUUGGAACAGCAACAAGUUUCACCAGAGUGGAAAGAACGACCGGAAGGAGUUCCGAAGUCAAUCUUUGACGCUAUAAAAGCACAUUUACGGUGGGGUCAAAAUCCAGGAGAGACCGACGAGACGAUGGAUUCAAGUCCGCAAUUUUUAUCGUUGAUGGAGGAAGUCGGAGACAGAUUGACUCCGCUAUUUUGCAGCUUCACUCACCAAGACGGGACAAUUACGCCUAUUCAACACAACGGGAAAGACGUCUGCAUUAGAUGGUACAAGGAAAGAAACAUCCUCUACAAAGUUAAAGACGACCGGAAUUUUGGAUGGAGGGGAGGAUCAAAUCAAAUUUGUUGUAUUAGUUCGUGCUGGACAAUUUCAAAGGACCGAACAGUGGGCAAAUGCAGACUCCAUUCGGAAAAGUCACAAGAAGUGAUGCUAUUGCGGGACGCAAAUAAUUACGAUAACCCCACCAUUAUUAUUAGUUGCCCACAAUUAAAAAUGACCCCAUAUUCAGAGGAUGACAUAAAUAACAUUGUAUCAGCAUCCUGGUUUCGAGAAGUGUACUCUACUAUCGACCGUUAUAUGACACAGCGAGGAGGUUUAUCAGCCCUCCUUGUUGCCCCUUGUGAGCCGCCCUUGUUCGUGAUUGAUCGGUCAAUUCCUGUUCCAACAACUUUAUCAACACGUCAAUACAAUAUUAUAGGGGUUGGUACAUCUCUUCUGGUUUUCUUCCACAAUUACGUAUACAAAGACUACAACGACCCGAUAGUCCUACUUAUGGAGCAAGUUAGUUUCAUGGGAACAGAUCUUGAUUUUUGGGAUGAAGUUCACACUUUCCUCAACAACAAUGGACUUGAUUUCAAAACUUCACCCGUUUCAUCAUCACAUGAAAUUCAACCAGCUAAAUUUUUCCCCCCACAUAUUGACAUGAAUAAGCCAUACAGCUAUAUUGGACACAAUCGUCAAGGAGGUUUAUACGACGGUGCGUCUACAUCUCUAAAAAUCAGAAGUAUUUGUUCCGGAAGCAGCACUCACUCCACAAUGGAAACAUCAAUGACCCCAUACCAGGACACAAUUAUUCCCUUGUUCCAACAAAUUUUGCAAGAUGAGACGGAGAUGACCAAGUUGGCGUUGCAAGCAGAGUAUUUGGGGACCUGUGCCACAAUCAUUGCGACUCUUUUGCAUUUGGAAACUAAUGGAAGAAGGAUCUAUCCAUUCACCCAACAAAUCGAUCAUCAUUUCGACAGUGUAGUACAUCCGGAGCUACAUUUCUCACUGUUUUCAAUUAAGACAGGUUUACAAUUAGAGGUAGACAUGAGUCAACUAAAUUUUGACAAUGGAAAGCCCGAAAUUCUAUUCUAAACUAGUUUUUCUGAAUUAAUUUGAUUUUGUAUGGGCACUUUUUUAUGUUCAAACUACGCUAUAAACGACGAUGAAUUGUAAUAAUUGCUCCCGUUAGUUAAAAUAUGUAUUGACUGAUUUAUGAAUUACUGACUACCUACUAAAUAUAAUUAUUUCUUGAUACAUA